AUGGGUUCCGGUGAAGUUAACCAGGCCGAGAAGUCGGUCUUCGGCAUGCCCGGCUUUGUUGUCGACUUCCUUAUGGGUGGUGUCUCCGCCGCUGUCUCCAAGACUGCUGCUGCCCCCAUUGAGCGUAUCAAGCUCCUGAUCCAGAACCAGGAUGAGAUGCUCAAGGUCGGCCGUCUCGACCGCAAGUACAACGGUAUCGCCGAUUGCUUCAAGCGUACCGCCGCCUCCGAGGGUGUUGUCGCUUUGUGGCGUGGAAACACUGCCAACGUCAUCCGUUACUUCCCCACCCAGGCCCUGAACUUCGCUUUCCGUGACACCUACAAGUCCAUGUUCGCCUACAAGAAGGAGCGUGAUGGAUACGCCAAGUGGAUGAUGGGUAACCUUGCCUCCGGUGGUGCUGCCGGUGCCACUUCCCUCCUCUUCGUCUACUCUCUGGACUACGCCCGUACUCGUCUUGCCAACGAUGCCAAGUCCUCCAAGGGUACCGGUGAGCGCCAGUUCAACGGUCUCGUGGAUGUUUACCGCAAGACCCUCGCCUCCGACGGUAUUGCCGGUCUCUACCGUGGCUUCGGUCCUUCCGUUCUCGGAAUUGUCGUCUACCGUGGUCUCUACUUCGGAAUGUACGACUCCAUCAAGCCCGUUCUCCUCGUUGGUCCUCUUGAGGGCUCCUUCCUUGCCUCCUUCCUGCUCGGCUGGACCGUCACCACCGGUGCCGGUGUUGCCUCUUACCCUCUUGACACCGUUCGCCGCCGCAUGAUGAUGACCUCCGGUGAGGCCGUCAAGUACAAGUCCUCCAUGGAUGCUGCCCGCCAGAUCGUCGCCAAGGAGGGUGUCAAGUCUCUCUUCAAGGGUGCCGGUGCCAACAUCCUCCGUGGUGUUGCCGGUGCUGGUGUCCUGUCCAUCUACGACAAGGCCCAGCUCCUCCUCCUCGGCAAGAAGUUCUAA